UACGCAAAGUAGACAGGCCUGUAUAUUCAGUCCCCACCCAGUUUUAUGGCUCGGUAGAGCAGUGCAUAGCCUAUAUUAAAGGACACACCAAAUGACUUGGGCAUGCGGCAAAUUUCCAGGGCUAAUUUGCAGUUCUCUGCUGAGGAAGGCGUUACCUAGUUGCUUUCUUUAAGUCGGUUUCGUUUCUCUUUCACUGGGACAGUGGAUAUCGGGGCUUUUCACACACAGAGAAGCAGAACCGACAGAUCAGUCAUCAGCCAUGGCUUCUCUCAGCAGCUCUAACACAGCCUUUGCCUUGGAGCUGUACCGCACUCUGGGUCAGACCAACACAGGGAAUGUCUUCAUCUCCCCCUUCAGUAUCAGCUCAGCUCUGGCCAUGGUCUACCUGGGAGCUAAAGGAGACACAGCUGCUCAGAUGGCAAAGGUUCUGUCAUUCAACUUGACGAAAGACGUCCACACAGAUUUCCAGACACUCAAUGGAGAUAUCAACUCUCCCUCUGCAUCUUACAUCCUGAAACUGGCCAACCGUCUGUAUGGAGAGAAGACCUGCAACUUCCUGACCGAGUUUUUAGAAUCCACCCACAAGUUCUACCAUGCAGACAUGAAGGCAGUGGAUUUCCUCGGCGCAGCAGAGGAGACCAGAGGAGAGAUCAACGGCUGGGUGGAGCAGCAGACAGCGAAUAAAAUCAAAGAUCUGCUGAAGCCGGGGACAGUCAAUGUUAUGACAAGGUUGGCUCUAGUCAACGCCAUCUACUUCAAAGGAAACUGGCUGAAUCGAUUUGACCAAAAAGACACCAAAGAGAUGCCCUUCAAACUAAACCAGAAUGAAAGCAAACCAGUUCAGAUGAUGCACCAGAUGAAGAAGUUCCCCUUUAACUAUGUCCCAGACUAUAACCUCCAGAUCGUGGAGCUUCCGUAUGUGGACGAGGAGCUCAGUAUGUUUGUCCUGCUACCUGAGGAGGCCACUGAUGGAUCUGAUCCCCUAGUGAAGCUGGAGAGAGAGCUGACCAUGAAGAAACUGGACGAGUGGACCAGCAGGGACAACAUGGACACGGGCACAGAGGUCAUAGUUCACCUGCCCAAGUUUAAACUGGAGGAGGACUACGAGCUGAACGAGCCCCUGACCCAGCUGGGAAUGAAGGACGUGUUUGAUGGGGGCAGGGCCGACCUGUCGGGGAUGAACGGGGGGGAGCUCUUCCUGUCUACGGUGGCCCAUAAGGCCUUUGUGGAGGUGAACGAGGAGGGGACGGAGGCUGCCGCCGCCACUGCUGGGAUAAUAGCGUUCUGUAUGAUCCGAGAGGAACACUUCACAGCUGACCAUCCCUUCCUCUUCUUCAUCAGGCAUAACAAGAGCAAAAGCAUCCUCUUCCUCGGCAGAUUCUCCUCUCCUCAGUAGAAGACUGGUUAAAAAAGCGUAGGGAAGAUUUCAUUUAUAACAUUUAUUUGACAGGGACAAACGAACAUCAUUCAAAAUUUCCGUAAAUGUGCCAGAUUUAGCAAGCUAGCUAGUAGCUAGUUCCAUCAGCCCUUGAUUGAAUCCGCUAUAAAGAAAUAAAGGAAAAUGUCUACAUUU